GCCCCUUCCCCGGAAGGCCGUUUCCAGAGCAACGGAGCUCCUCCCCCUGGCGGUCCUUUGGACAGCCCUCGAUGAGGUCCUGAAGGAAGAUGGCGUCCCCCGCGAUGGAGAAAGUGGGGCGCCUGGUCCAGCAGCUCCGUGGCUCUCGGAAGCUCUGGCUCCCGGGGCUGACUCAAGUCAGGUGGACCCGAUACAAUCCUACAUAUAUUGAUCCAGAAGUGAAUAAAGAAAGUUACCGUAAAUCUCCAGAGGAAAUGUCAGAGGAGGAAAAAAAUAAACGGCAGUUGAAAACAAUCCAGCCAGUAAAAGCCACCGAAUCCAGCAUCACCAGUUCUGUGUUUUAUGAUCCCGCGAUCAGCAGAUUCAUUAACAUGAUGAUGAAAGGAAGCAAUAAAAUUUUGGCACGUACCCUCAUGAAUCAGACUUUAGAGGCCAUUAAAAGGAAGCAACUUGCGAAAUAUCAUGAAGCAGAUGAGGAAAUGAAAGAAAAAAUUGAGUGCAACCCUUACAAAAUCUUCCAUCAAGCAAUCGAAAACUGCCAACCUGUAAUUGGGCUUUCAGGUAUCAUAAGAGGAGGUAAAAAGUAUCAGGUACCAACUCCUUUAAAGAUUAGUCGGCGGAGAUUCUUAGCCAUGAAGUGGAUGAUCACAGAAUGCAGAGAAAACAAGCACAGGCGAACAUUACUGCCUGAAAAGCUCUCAAAUGAGCUGCUGGAAGCCUCCAACAAUAAUGGCAACGUGAUAAAAAAAAAGCAUGAGUUGCACAAAAUGGCAGAAGCUAACCGGGCCUUUGCUCAUUAUCGAUGGGCGUAAAGAAUGUGCUGUUGGAUCCAGUGUAUGAUGACUUAAGGCUUUUGCUACCAGAAAAGACAACUUUUCGUUGUUCUAAUUCCAUUUGCUUUUCUUUGCAUAUCACUAAUCUGAGCAGAAAAUUGCCUGCUUCUCAUUCAACUCUCAUCAAAGAAUAUGAGCUGAAGAAAAUCAGGGUCCCCCUUUUCAAGCUCACAUAGGGAGUGGUUUUGAGUAUGUCACGUCCCAAAUGAUAUAAAUACAAAUCAUUGUUUAUUUUCAACUCUUGUGUUCAUCAAUUUCCAUUCAUGUUUUGGAAAACUAACAAGCAGGUGAUUGAAGGCGAUCAGAGCUGAAAAAUAGUAAAAAUGGAAACUUUCUGUUUUGUUCCUUGUAUAUCUCGUGAAGAAAAACCUUAAUAUUGUAGGUUCUUUGCUGAAAAUAACAUGAAUGAGAGAUCAGUAGAAUGAAUGUCUCUGUUUACAUAUAUGUUAUGGGCAGAAUAAAUGACACAAUUUUUAUCCUUAAAAUACAAUGAGUGGUGGGGGGUUGCCAAAAGUCUUAUCUGUCUGCAUCCAGUAUAAUAAUUACUAUAUAGUUUAUUCUACCUCAUUUCUAUUUAAAUAACAUGUACUGAUUUUAAAUUAUAAACCCCUUAUCUACAACACACGAAUUCUACUUGAUUGAAAUAUUUCAAGCUUGCUGAUACCUUCUGGAGGUAGCAAGCAAGAAUGCCAAACAUUUUAAUAUUUCCAUUUAUUAAUAAAAUAUAUACAACAGAUGACCUAAACCUGGUGUAGGAAUUACAGCAAUAAUGAACUUCUUUAGAAGAAGAAAAUAAAUUACUAGAUUAAAACCCUUUUUAUUUUUAGGUAACAUUAAUUUGCUUGGCUGCAUUUAGGGGUGAUCUGAUUUUUUAAUCUGUAUCUGAGUGGUUUCAGGGGCAUCAGCGAUACCUAAAGAUAAAUUAUCAAACUGAAUUUAAAGUAUUAUUAGCAACAGAAUUGGUUAGAUGGAACUAAAAAUAGUAUUUGGGGGAAAAUAAUUUGCCUCUGGUAAAAAUCAUCAGUCACCAAGUCCAGAAGUAAGUUUCUUAUACAUUCAAAACCCCAGAAAUCUCUCUCAGGGUUGGACAUAACUUUGUUCCAUGGUCAGCCAGUGUAAUAGGUGGUCUGAAGUGGUAAAUUCCCAUUCCCGUAAAAGAAAACUCCAACUUUUACCACAAAGUAUAUUGUUUUCCUUGAAUUAAAAAUGGCAAACAGAAAUGUGCCUUUAUGGGCUAUCUUGGAAUUAUCACAUUUAGUCCUUUUCAAAAAUUGGAAGAUGCUGAGUUUCUAGGUUUUUUUAAGUAUAGAAUCCCCCCAUCUUCUCUACUAGCUACUAAGGAUAUGACAAUUGUCUUGUGAAUUUAUCAAUGAUAACUUAAUUUGGGGAAUGGGGAGCCAAGCUUAAAAAUUUCAAGGCAAUUCUUUACUUGGAGAAUCUAGAUCAGGGGUGUCAAACUUGCGUCGUCACGUGACAUAUCGCAACCUUUUUCCCUCUUCGCUAAAAUGGGGGUGGGCGUGGCCAGCGUGUGACACAUCUGGCCCACAGGCCGUGAGUUUGACACCCCUGAACUAGAUGAAGGAUGAAGUGUAUACCAUGAAUCAUUAAAUAGGGCCAGAGAGUCAUCAUCUGAGGAGUUGCAUUGUAAGCACCAGUGUUCAUUGUGGAAAAAGCAUAUAAUUGUUACUAUAAAUAUGUUGCUGCAUUAACCUUUUCCUGCAGGCAUUUCAUGUGUGAUUGAUUAAAUAUGUGCCAUCUAGUUAGUUUCAGCUCUUGGUAGCUACAUAAAUUUUCCCUGUAUUUGUUCCUAACCUGGUUCUUCAGGUUUUCCAGCAAUGCAUUCACUGUCACUGUAACUAAGUGGACUUUGCUGAGUGGUGGUCGUUUUCUCCGUCCUAUCUUUCCCAGCAUUGGUGCCUUCUCCAGAACUAGGUUUUUGCACAAUUUGUCCAAACUAGAAUUAUUUGAUUGUUAUCAUGCAUGCUUCAUAUAGGAUAGGAUAGGAUAGGAUAGGAUAGGAUAGGAUAGGAUAGGAUAGGAUAGGAUAGGAUAGGAUAGAAUAGAAUAGAAUAGAAUAGAAUAGAAUAGAAUAGAAUAGAAUUCUUUAUUGGCCAAGUGUGAUUGGACACACAAGGAAUAUGGAAUUAUAUGAGAACUCUCGGUUGAUUUAUUCGAUAAUCCAUUGGUUUUUGGCUAUGAUAUUCUCAGAAAUUAUCUCCAAUAACCAACCUUCAAAAGUGUCUAUGUUCUGCUUUUUUCCUUUUCCCUAAAGUCACAGGGAAUAGCAUUGCUGCACUAUUCUGUAGUAUUGACACAUCACAGCAUCUGAAUAUCUUUUCCAAUAUCUUCAUGGUUUGCUCUAGUCUACAAUCUAUUUCUUAUUUUUUGUUUAUUUUUUUUGGCUGAUCCUAAAAGGCAGAAGAAGAUACCUUCUGUAUCAGUCAAUUCUAAGGUUGAUUGUCCUACCUAUUGUCAUUAGCUUGGUAUUCUUUAUAUUUUAGUUCCAGAUUCCUACUGUGCUCCUUGACCCUUAUUGCUAGAGCUUGUAGAUCCUUUGCAUUUUUCCUAAUCAGAAUAGUAUUAUUAGCAUAGUGGAGGUUAUUUAUGUCUUUCUCGAGUGUUAAAAACAUAUAUAGUAUUUUCCAAUCUAGCUUCCCUCAAUAAAUAUUCAACAUGUAGGUUGAAUAAAUAAAACAGGAAUAUGCAGAUUUGCCUCGCUCUUUUGCCAGUCUAGAGCAUCUGUUUCACCAUGUUCAGACCAUUUUGUGGCUUAUUGAUCUGUGAACAGGUUUCUCAUGAGGACAGUGAAAUGUUUUGGGAGUCCUAUUUUUCUAAGCUCAUUGCAUAGCUUGGCACAAUCAGCAGACUCAACGGCCUUUCUUUAAUCAGUGGAAAUACAUACUAAUUGCUUUUCAGUGUGCUUUGCCUUUCUCAAUUAUGCAGAGUACAUGAGGAAUAAUGUCUUGUAUUCCUUGGCCUUUUCUAAAGCCAGCUUGAAUAUCUGGCAUCUAUUUUUCAUGUAGAACUCUAUAUUGGAUGUUUUUAAGUGUUAUUUCUGUAGCAUAUCAAAUUAGGGAUAGUGUAUAAUAAUUGCACGCUGUUAAAUCCCCUUUGCUAUUGGAAUGUAAACUGACCACUUCCAGUCUCCUAGGCAUUAUGUCAGUUUUCAGAUCUGCUGGCAUAGCUUUAUUUUCUGAUUACUUCCCAUAUUUCUGUCACAAUUUCAUAUGUACACAACCCUAUUCUCCCUUUGAAGAGUAAAUAUCGUCACAAUUUUA